UAUUGAUCACAAUGGAGACAUCAACGGCUAUACUGCUCUUGGUUGCCAUCGCCGCAUAUUUACUCUGGUUCACCUCUAUCUCGCGUUCGUUGAGGGGUCCGCGGGUGUGGCCUUUACUAGGUAGUCUCCCGGGGGUGAUCCAGAACUACGACCGCUUGCACGAUUGGAUCGUUGAGAAUCUUCGGGCGUAUGGUGGCACGUGCCAAACCUGCAUCUGCCCUAUUCCUUUCCUGGUACGAAAACAAGGCCUGGUGACUGUCACGUGCGAUCCCAAGAAUUUGGAGCACGUAUUAAAAACCCGCUUCGACAAUUAUCCAAAAGGCCCCACCGCGCAAGCCGUGUUCCACGAUCUAUUUGGCGAAAGCAUCUUCAACUCCGAUGGUGACACGUGGCUAGUUCAGAGGAAGACUGCUGCACUAGAGUUCACCCCCCGGAGAGUGCGAGAAACCAUUGCUCGGUGGGUGAACCGAGCCAUCAAGCUGCGAUUCUGCCCAAUUCUUAAAACGGCCCAAGUGGAAUCUAUGACCGUGGAUCUUCAAGACCUCUUCCUCCGAUUAACCUUCGAUACCACAUGUGGACUAGCUUUCGGCAAGGACCCUCAAACCCUGUACCCGGGUCUACCAGAGAACUGGUUCGGAUCAGCUUUUGACCGAGCUCUCGAGCUCAUCCUGCAGCGCUUCAUCUUCCCCCAAGUCAUAUGGAAAUUGAAGAAAUGGCUUCGGCUAGGGCAGGAGGCUACCCUGAGACAGAGCAUCUGCCACGUGGAAAAGUACCUAUCCAAUGUCAUCGAGACACGUAAGCUGGAGCAGAAUCACGGGGCCGGAGGAGAGAAGGGGAAUCCACACGACGACAUGCUGUCCAGGUUCAUGGAUAAGCACUCCGACUCCUCCCUCCAACACGUGGUACUCAGCUUCAUCCUAGCUGGACGAGACACGUCAUCAUCGGCGCUGAGCUGGUUCUUCUGGUUGCUGACGCUGAACCCAAAAGUGGAGGAGAAGAUCUUGCGUGAGAUGUGCACGGUUCUGAUGGAGACACGUGGUGGCGAUGAUGACGACGAGACGUCAAAGUGGUUGGAGGAGCCGUUGGUGUUCGACGAGGUUGAACGGCUGGUGUACCUGAAAGCAGCAUUGUCAGAAACCCUCCGGUUGUACCCCUCGGUGCCGCAAGCCAUGAAGUACGUGGUUACAGACGACGUGUUACCGGACGGCACAUUCGUAGCGGCGGGUUCAAAGAUAAUGUACUCGAUAUACUCAGCGGGGAGGAUGGAGUGGACGUGGGGAGAGGAUUGCAUGGAAUUCCGGCCGGAGAGGUGGUUGUCAGCAGACGAGAAGAGUUACGAAGCGAAGGAUGAGUUCAAGUACGUGGCGUUCAAUGCAGGGCCCAGGAUCUGUUUAGGGAAGGAAUUGGCUAUUAUGCAAAUGAUGUCCAUCGCAACCGCGGUGUUGCUUAGGCACCGGCUGACGUUAGCACCAGGGCACCGUGUGGAGCAGAAGAUUACGUUGAUUCUGGUCAUGAAGAAUGGGUUGAUGGUAAAUGUGCACCAUAGAGAUCUCAUGGCCAUUGCCGCUGCAAUUCGCAAGGAGAGGGAAGGAGCAGCCGCCGGUUGAUCAGAUGAUG